UUGGUGAAUGGUGAGGGCUGCAGGAUUUUCCUUUCUUCUGGAUUCACCUUUGGAGACCAGGACCUUGGACCUACUGUGAAACUUGUGGGUGAUCCCUGUGGUGCCAUGAUGGAGUGCAGCCCGUGCAGGUGGAUUAAAGAAAAGAGGGGCUCCAGAGAGGUGGUCCUUGUGGUGGUCUCUUUAGCUCUAUUAUUGGAUAAUAUGCUUUACACAGUGGUUGUUCCCAUCAUUCCAAGCUUCCUCUAUGAGCUAGAACAUAAGAAUGGAAACACAUCUCUGGACCUGAUGGCCUCAUCUCCUGCUUCCAAAGCAUCCAUGUACUCUUUGUAUGACAAUGCUACCAUCUUAAGUGACCAUUCAAAUCAUCAAGGGAUUGAUAAUAAGACCCAAGGGCCCCCCCAAAAUUCCAGCUGCAACGUUGAAACGCUUGUCCUGCAACAAGUGAAUAUCCAAGGUGGCCUUCUGUUGGCAUCCAAAGCAAUAGUACAACUUCUAUCCAGCUCCAUAGUAGGACUCAUUACCAACAGGUUUGGAUAUGAUAUAGCAAUGUUCUUUGGAUUCAUCAUCAUGUUCUUGUCUACUUUACUUUUUGCCUUCGCUGACUCGUAUUGGCUGAUGCUCUUUGCUCGAUCGAUUCAGGGAGUUGGAUCCUCAUUAUCCACUGUUGCAGGUUUGGGAAUGCUGGCACAAGUAUACCCUGACGACUAUGAAAGAGGAAAGGCCAUGGGCAUCGCACUAGGAGGCCUGGCACUGGGUGUUCUUGCUGGUGCCCCCUUCGGUUCCUUCAUGUAUCAAUUUGUUGGAAAAUCUUCUCCUUUCUUAGUGCUGGCCACUCUUGCUCUGCUAGAUGGAGCUCUACAGCUCUGUUUGCUGCGAUUUGACAAGUUUGUUCCGGGGAGCAUUCCAUCGACAUCCUACUUGACACUUCUCAAGGACCCUUACAUUAUAGUGGCUGCAGGGUCUCUUACUAUUGUUUCUAUGGCUAUUGGAGUUGUGGAACCCACCCUUCCCAUAUGGAUGAUACAAACUAUGUGCUCGCCCACAUGGCAAUUAGGUUUGGUGUUCCUAUUUUCCUCCACGAUGUACCUCCUAUGUACCAACCUGUUUGGCUCUCUGGCAUACAAGAUGGGGAGGUGGCUGUGUGGACUUAUCGGGAUGAUAAUCACAGGAAUUGGUCUCUUUUUGAUUCCACUAGCUUCCAAUAUAUAUGGUCUUAUUGGUCCUAUGGCUGCCCUUGGACUUUCCUUUGGAAUGGUUGAUGCAACAAUUUCGCCUAUCAUGGGACAACUGGUAGAUCUACGUCAUACAUCUGUGUACGGUGGGAUAUAUGCGGUUUUAAACAUUGCUCUAUGCGUGGGAUUUGCUGUAGGACCUCUGUGUGGUGGCGCGAUUGCAGAAGCUAUUGGAUUCCCCUGGUUAAUGAGGAUCACUGGAUUACUGAACAUUAUCUACUGUCCUCUUUGUCUCUUCCUUAGAAACCCACCAGCCAAAGAAGAGAAAAUGGCUAUCAUAAGUCAAAAAUGUCCUAUGGAAACCUACAUAGGCCAGUGAACCACCCCAGAUCCAGCGAUCUACAGUGACCACGGUAGUGAUAAAGACAUCAGCACCCCCAAUAACAGGACUAUGAAGAUUCCUCACUGAAAUAUGUCAUAUGCAGGAGCCUUCCGACCUUGCCCCUAUUUUUGAGAAUCUUGGACUGCAUCAGCCAAAGAGCACCUUAUACCCAGACCUUGU